AUGUUAAGUUUACAUUCCUUGAAGUUUGGACUGCACUGCUUACUUUCAAGCUAUCUGGUGUUCUUAGUUCGAUACCUCAUUGUUAGUGUAGCCCUGACAUCUGCGAUUGCGAUAACAAAAAAAAAAACGUGCGCACGUAUUUGGAUUUUGUUGUUUUGAUUUUUGUUAAAAACUAAGGAAAAUAUGGCCAGCAAAGUAAAAAAGGAAGUGUCGUGCGACAUGUGCAGCAGCGUUAACGAGGCGAAGCAAAUUUGCACUGCCCAAAAGGCUUUUGUGGGCAGAAAAUUGAUAGACAUUCUCGCCGCCGUCUCCCACAGAAGCCUGCCGGCCAACUUGCCGAUCAAGGUAUGCUUCCUGUGCGCCUCUACUUUGAUGUCCACCCUCUGGAAUGAUCGAAAAGAUUCAAAACCGUCGGAGAAGGAAGAGUUGACGCAGGUAGUGGAACCAAACGAAGAUGAGGUGGGAAACUUUGUGGAUCUUACCACAGAAGCCGAGAAGCCGGUAAAAAAGAAGAACAGCACAAUUCGUCAACGCAGCAAGUCUAUAGCUGCCUUCCCGGCUACACUCAAUCCUCCAGCCCUUGAUGGCAUCAAGGGUUCGCCCAAGAAACCCGCAGCCACGCCAAAGAAGAACCUGUCCCGUAUUCUUGACGAUGACCUAAACGACUCGGUAAAGUUGACGCCCGCAAAGGAAGUUUCAACUAAGAAAAAAGCUUUUCUGCAACUUUUCGGCACCGGUAAUGACGAUGCCAAUGAAGUCGAAACCGAAAGCGAGGAGGAUGAGACCACCAAGGACCACCUUGUAAUUAAGACGAGAGACUUCAAGUGCAAGCUCUGCGAGUUCGAAUCGACAAACCCGAAACCGUUCAAGGAACACCUGAUCAAAGAGCACGGGCAGAUGCGUCCGCGUAUAUACAACUGCACUAUUUGUCCUAAAAGCUUUGGUGUGAUGAAGACCAUGACAGAACAUUUGAAAAAGAAUCAUGAUGCCACUAGUGAAAGCAUCGCAAAGGCAAUAGAGUUGGGAAAAAGGAAAACGGGAGCGAAGGCAGGAGGCAAGCAAAAGUCCGAUUCAAAGCUAGAUGAGCGCAAGGUUCAGAAAAAAAAAUCAAAAGAUGUAAAGGCUAAAAAAACAGAGACGGAGGAGGACACUGAGAUUAAAGCUGCCAAAAAGGCGAAAGAGGUGAAGCCAAUAGAGGAAGGAAACCGUGAGACAGCUAACGAGACCCAAGAAGAGCCUAAGGUUGCUUCCUUCAAGGCCUUAAAUGAGUCCUUAGUAAAGAAAAGGCUUUUCGAAAAGGUAAUCGAUUCGGAUUACACAUUCGCCGUUAAUGGAUCCAGUGCUUCCACUCCAAGGGCUGACUCCGCAGAUUUUCAGUGUGACAUCUGCGAUUGCGAACUGACCACCGCCAGGCAGAUGCAAGAGCACAUGAAGAGCGCCCACGGCGUCGAUAAGCCUAAGAUCUUUAAGUGCAACAUUUGCGAGAAGAGCCUGACUACCAAACAGUCGUUAAAUAAACACAUGACCCUGCAUGGCGACGGAGUUGAAGUGGGAAAGUCCAGCAAGCGAAAGAUAUUGCAAGAAGUGGACGUGGUAACUAAAGCUAGUGUUGAGAAGGACAACUCUCAGGAAGAUGAUGAAGACGAUGAGGGGCCUACAGAGGAAAAAAAUAUAAAGGAUAAUAUAUCCCAGAAGGAUGAUCUGAUGCCAGCCCCUCAGUCUCCCGCUAAAAAGGCCAAAAAGAUCAAGAACAGCUUGCUUGACAUAUCUGUGGCCUCAUCAAACGGAGAAUCGCCAUUAAAAACACAAAAACGUAAACAGCAUGACAAAUCGGAUGGCUUGUCUGAGGACACUCUCGAUUCCGAUAUCCAGCUGAUCGAGGAAAUAAACCAUAAUGUCAAGCCGCACAAGAAGGCCCGCCUGGAGUCAUUUAGCGACUCCACCGCGGACGAGUCAAUCCUUAGCUGCGACCAGUGCGGCAAGUUUGUCAAAUCGCGUCAACGUCUGGACUCACACAUUCUGAAGAGACACGGCUCUCAGUUAAAGUGUCCGUCUUGUAAGAGCAGCUAUAGCAACCAGCUGGACUACGUGGCCCACUUCUCGGAAUGUAGCGCCAGCGAUAGACUGCCCUGUGGCGUGUCGAUGUGCAAGAAGGUCUUCUCCGAGGCCAACUUUCUAAGCUCACAUCUGCGCAAGCGCCACAAGUGCGAAUAGGUACGCUAUUUUCGUAUCAUUAGUUUAGGUUAUAUAUAGCUAAUGUACAAUGAAGUGCAUUUUAUGGUAAAAUGAUUAAUGUUUUACGUGAAAUGACAAUGGGCGAGUACAAAAAACUGACUUAUGCAAUGUACUUUAACAUGGAUACAUCUUUUAAAUUGUUGUUUUUUGCACCUUUUUCGAAACAAGUUUAUUUUGUAAAGGAUCAACCUCAUUACAUAAGAAGAAAUCCUAAGGAAAUCAAAUGCCAUUUUAUGUUUCUAGCCUUAACAAAACACACGACAAUGGAAAAUACUAUAAGAUUGCAUACAAACAUCAUUUUGGGAUCGUAUGUACUCACCAAGAGUAUGCGAAUCCGAUUCAUCAUACAAAAUUAUUGUGAAUUGAAUAUUAAACUGUUAAUAAAAGACGUCAAGUGACUACAAA